UUGCCCCGGUAUGUUUCCCGCCAGAUCUUCAAAACAACAAACAUGGAAGGAUCGUAAAUAAAAAACUAUAGCUAGCUGAGUUGUGUUAAUUAUUUUUUGAUAAAUCAUGAUCAUAGACAAUUUAAAAGACGAAUUUUAUGAAACUAUAAGCUGUGAGAGGAUCCUUGUUCUUGUGGCACUGGAUGUUGAUGCGCUAUGUGCUUGCAAGAUUGUUAAAUUACUUUUUAAGCAGGACAAUAUUCAAUACACAAUCAUUCCUGUAUCGGGUGUUUCUGAUUUAAAAUCGUCUUAUGAUGAACAUAGAGAGCAGAUCAAACAUUUUUUGUUGUUAAAUUGUGGUGGAAAUAUUGAUCUUGAUAUUCUUGAACCCGAUGAUGACACUACAUUUUAUAUUGUUGAUAGUCACAGGCCAUUGGAUUUGAACAAUGUCUUUAAAGAACAAGUGAAGAUAUUAAUAAAAGAAGGAGACAGUAGCAUUGAUGAAAUUCCUGAGCCAGAAAAAGUUAUUGAAUAUGAAGGGGAUGAUGAAGAGGAGGAUGAAGAUAAUGAAGACUCAGAUGAUCCUGACCAACCAUCAUCAAAACGGCAAAGAACAGGAGAAGAUUUAUCAUAUUUGGAGAAAAAAGUCAAAAAGAAGAAAUGGGCUGCAGAGCGGGAUCGAAUACUGGAUGAAUAUUACGAAUGUUCAUAUUAUGGAAACAGUGUUGCAACAGUGUUGUAUGAUCUUGCGUGGAAAUUAACAAAAGAUAGUAAUGACCUGCUAUGGCUUUCCAUUGUUGGGUUAACAGAACAGUAUUUGAUGUCAAAGAUUGACAGAGAAAGAUACUUUGAGGAAUACACAAGUCUGCGUGAUCACGUACUUCGACAUAAUAUUACAGAUGAGGAACAUGCACAAUCAAUUGACUGUGUAAAAAUAUCGUUCGAAAAUGAGCUACGUUUAGAUUUAUAUCGUCACUGGUCUUUGUUUCAAAGUUUUAUGAAUUCACAGUACACAUCUUGUGGAUUUCGACUAUUUACAAUGAAAGGAAAAAAACGCCUGCAUGAAUUGUUUGCUGAUAUGGGGUUACCUAUCAAACAGUGCCAACAGAAAUUUUCUUCCAUGGAUGCUGAUUUGCGAGGAAAUGUAAAAGAAUGGAUAGAUAGUUUGGCUGAAAAAUACGGACUGGAUGAUUUGUCAUAUGGUUCUUUUGUUGCACAGUAUGGCUAUAGGAGUAAGUUAUGUGCAGGAGAUGUUGUUUUCGCUAUCAGUGCUUUACUCGAGUAUGCAAAAGACGGUUCAACAUAUUCUGAUCACUUCCUGGAUGCCAUGGACGCACUUACCAGAUCUAAUGUUGAUAAAUUGAUAGAAGGGAUCGAACUAGGAAAACAACAGAUUACCUCAAUGGUCAAUCAAGUGCGUUCGUUUAUUGAUUCACAUCAAAUCGUUUGCGCUGGACCAUUUCUGUACGUUCACGUCCAAGAUGGAUCUCCCAAUGCACCAAUAUUUGCCAAUCCUAUUGUCAUCACUAGACUUGCACGCUAUUCACUGGAAGCAUACAGUAUUAUGGCGAAGAACAAAAAAGCAAGAACUCUACCAUUUGUGCUAGCUGUUCCAUAUAAUGCUGAAGAAGGUACGUCACUACUAGUUGGUGUUCCUCCCGUCAGUGACACAUCGUUUAAAAGUUUCUUCGGUGCUGCAUUUAAACAGGCAGGCGAAAAGACGAAGUCACGUGUGAAACACGACUUUUUCGACCCAACAGGUAACAGUUGAACUAGUAGUCAUCGAAAUUAAGACUGAAGACCGGAGUAAGUUUUUCGAUAAUUUAUCAGCACUUAUGGCUUAAAAAGAUGUACACGAUGAAUAUUCAAGAAGUCCGAAUUGGCUGAGCAGAGAUUGACAGUGAUGAACAUGCAUGCUGGUUGCUCCAAGAAAGUACUUGGAUAGUUUUUUUAGUGAUCAUUUUUCGCAAUAUACAAUCAUGGAUUUCCAUCACCUCCUGAGGCUCGGUUACCAACUAGGCUUGGAUUAAGUUAUGGUGUUUCCGUUUGAUAAAAGAUUUAACUUCUACGGAUAAAAUUUAAACAUCGAAAUUCUGGUUGUGAUUUUUUAGGUGUGGUUUAAUGUUGUAUAUACAGUGUAUAUCCUACGUUAUUCCACACACACAUUUCACUCUAACAUUACGUCCCACGAUUUAAAAUAGACUAUCCGACACUGUAUACUAUUGAAUUGUAAUUACGCUUAAGGGUGAAAGUUGAAAAUACUCUAUUAAGCUAGUUUUUCACUCCAUAAUUUUAUGGUGAGAAAACAAAAAUAUCCUGUACUCCACAGGACCUUUCCAGGCCUACCACCCCAAAACUCCUCAAUUUUAUUUUUACAAUGCACAGAAAUACUUCAUUGUUACAAGUUGUAAUUUCAUGCAAUUUCUUUAGAAUUCCCUUAAAUCUUCUUCAUUUUUUUUACCCUUCACUUUUUUUAUGGAAACUUCCUCCCAAAGAAGGUUGGACAUAUAAUAAAAGCGUUGCAACCCUAUUUUCAUAGAAUUUUUCAUUUUAUUUUCAUCUUUUGAAUAAUUUUCAAAUUAUUCAAAAGUUCAAUUUCUGCUGCGGUUCGAGUUACUUUAGACCAAACUGGCGUGUUUGUUUGCUCAGCUAGCCCUGAUCGAAAUCGCACUAAUGUUUUAAUCGCGUUUUUCAUCGUAAAAAACUUGUGAUUUUUUGAACAGGAAAAGCCUUGGAAAUUAUUUCUGUUUCAUAAUCUUCUUUUUUCUAUUUUUUACCAACUAACUGUAGGCUGGAUGAUGAUUUGAAUUUAAAGGAUAUAAGCCUUGUGUUACUAAAAUAUAAAAAGCGCGCACAUGACUCUUUCGUUUUGAACAGGAUUGUUUGUAGUGGUUUAGAAUUGGUGUUUUGAAUAUCGUAUUAUAUGUUUUAAAUUUGUAAAUAUGAGAAGAAAUGUUCUUCUGAAAUUAUAUCUGUUUGUGUUCUGUG